AUGCCUGCGUAUUAUUAUCAUAUUAAAUUUGAGAUUUAUCCUACGCCGAAUCCAAUUCCGCAAGAGAAAGGAAAGGUGCCGCCAUCAUACGAUAGCGCUAUUUGGCAGCCAAACGAGGGUUCGGGCAUUUUCGACAACCUCCCGUCGCAUCCUCGACCACGGAAGGCUGCCGCGCUUCAUGAGCGCAAAGUGUCGUAUGCGAAUGGCCCACAGCAAAAUCAAACCCCGCCUACCCAAGCAAAGACUGCAGUUAAGGACUGGAGAUUCGGACAGCUGCGGAUCGAGAGUAUUGACGUAGACGGUUACGAAGACCGCGGCAGUAUGCCGACAACGUCUGCAGCGGCAGCCGCUGUCGGCCCCUCUAUGGGAGGCGCCGGCAAGGCUACAAAAGCAAAAUAUGUCCCGUUGACUAGUUCGAAGAAUACUGAGUUAGGCUGGGGUAUCGUCCAUCUGUACAGGGAAGAGGCGGAGAGCUCGGGGCUUAUGAUAUCUCCCGAUCACGUAGCCGAAGUCGACGAAGAGCAAGAUAAGGCGCAAACCGACUGUACGACAGUCUGUAUCCCAGCGGUUCCGAGCUAUCUAUCUCCAAGCGAUUUCCUCGGUUUUAUGGGUGACAAGUGGAGGGACGAAGUUAGUCAUUACCGUAUGGUCAUGACAGGGCGGAUGAACAGAUACCUCGUUCUCAUGAAGUUUAGGGAGAGCAAGCUGGCACAGCUUUUUAGGCGCGAGUUUGACGGCAAGGUAUUCAACAACGUUGAGCCAGAGACGUGUACUGUUGCCUUCGUAAAAUCCGUCACUUUUGAGAGUCCGGCUGGGUCGAAUGGUAGUUUUCCAGACCUUAGCCAUGAUCCGUUUACGCCAUCUACUUCAGCAACGUCCAACUCACUCAAACCUUUUCCGCCGCCGACACCAAACUUAAUCGAGCUACCUACUUGUCCCGUCUGUUUAGAGCGGAUGGACAACACUACGGGUUUACUGACAAUUCCUUGCCAGCAUGUAUUCCACUGCUCAUGUCUACAGAAAUGGAAGGGUUCUGGCUGCCCUGUUUGCCGGCAUACCAACCCGACUCCUCCGUCGUCAUCAUCCAACGCUCACAUGUCUACUUCUUACGAUCCCAAUAACCCGUAUACACAACCUUUUGGCUCACGCGUGUCUAACUUAUGCUCUGUUUGUGAUUCUCCCGAUGACCUCUGGAUAUGCCUUAUCUGUGGCAAUGUAGGCUGCGGACGAUACAAAGGAGGUCACGCGAAAGAGCACUGGAAGGAUACAGCCCAUACGUUUUCAUUAGAGUUAGAGACCCAGCAUAUAUGGGAUUAUGCUGGAGACAUGUGGGUACAUCGUUUAAUCAGGGACAAGGGCGACGGUAAGGUCGUUGAACUGCCCGGCCGUCAAGGAGGGCCUAUGAGACCCGAUGAGCUUGAAGACCAGGACGUGGUACCCCGAGCCAAGCUUGAGAGCAUCGGCAUGGAGUAUACCCACCUACUUAGUAGCCAGCUAGAGAGUCAACGUGUCUACUUUGAGGAGAUGCUCUCGAAAGCAGCGGAUAAGGCGGCUCAAGCAUCUGCCGCCGCGGAGAAGGCCGCGGCCCAAGCAUCACAGGCACUGAAGGAACUAAAAGAGCUGAAGAGUGAACAGCAUCAGCUACGCACCGAGACGAUCCCAGCGCUCGAGAAAGACUUGGAACGCGAACGCAAUCGCGCAGCUAAAUCGACGGAUCUUGCACGGGGGCUGGGCAAGAGUCUCCAGGAAGAGAAAAAAGUAUCAGAAGGGCUGAUGAAACGAAUUGAACAUACGAACAAAGAACUCGAGAGCCUAGGAGAGGAGGUCAAGGCGCUCAAGAUAGAGAACGCGGAUCUGAAGGACCAGAAUCACGACUUGACCAUGUUCAUAUCGGGCCAGGAGAAGCUCAAGGAACUGGAAGCCGAAGGGAAAGUGUUAGGCAUUGUCGCUAAUCUGUUCUCCCAAUCUUAUUCCCACCUGGCACCUACCACAUCCGACGUCUCCGAUUCCGCAAACAUGGCCGACGGCAAACCUGCCGAGGAGGCACGUCCUUCUAAUGUCGCAAAAUCGAAGCCUCAUAAAGAAAAAGAGCUAUAUCCUAUGUCGGAUUGGAAAUACGACGCCUUCUUACAUACCUUCUCCGUCCUAGUCGACCUAUUCUUCCGAGAAGUCCACCCGCGAGGUGCAUGGCGGGUGCCCCGGACCGGUCCCAUCCUCUUCGUUGCAGCGCCGCAUGCGAAUCAGUUUGUCGACGGUCUAGUCCUGCAAAGGACCUUGAAAAAUGAAGCAAAUCGACGUGUUGGUCUUCUGAUCGCGGAGAAAUCUGUUCACGGGUUUAUCGGAUGGGGUUCUCGCCAGACCGGUUCUGUCCCGGUUGGCCGAGCUCAAGAUAAGGCGAAACCGGCGACGGGUCUUAUUUACCUUCCCGAUCCCAUUAAUGACCCGACUCUGAUCCGCGGCGUGGGCACUGAUUUCGAGAAGGAGGCUGAGGUUGGGGGCAUGAUCUUCUUGCCCUCUGUAAAAGGCCAGUCGGGUAGUUCGAUCGACAUUUCUAAAAUCGUCGGUCCCGAUGAAAUUCGCAUCAAACGACCAUUCAAGGGAAAGGUUCCUUUGCAGCAGCUGACCGGUCGCGAUGACAUUGACGAAAAGGGAAACUUCACCAACAAGCAGCUAAAUGGGAUUAAAGACGGCUACGAAGGCACCAAAUUUAAGUUAGCUCCACAUAUCGAUCAGACUGAAGUUUACAAGGCGGUUUUUAACCGCUUGAGGUCGGGCGGCUGUAUUGGGAUUUUCCCCGAAGGAGGUAGCCAUGACCGAACAGAAUUAUUACCCUUAAAGGCUGGUGUUGCAAUUAUGGCGUUGGGUACGCUAGCUGAGGACCCUGACUGUGGCCUUCAGAUCGUUCCGGUUGGAAUGAAUUACUUCCACGCUCACAAGUUCCGGUCGCGGGCAGUCGUCGAGUUCGGGGCGCCCUUCCAGAUCCCAAGAGAGCUAGUUGAGAAAUAUAAAAACAACGAGAGGAGAGAUGCGAUCAGUCAAACACUUGACAUGGUACACCAAGCUCUGAGCGCCGUUACCGUGUCAUCUCCAGAUUACGAUACUCUAAUGUGCAUUCAGGGCGCCAGAAGACUCUACAACACCGGGAAAAAAUUGCCCUUACCGAUGGUUGUAGAGCUCAACAGGAGGUUAGCUGUGGGCUUCUCCAAAUAUAAGGACGAUCCACGCAUUAUCGACUUGAUGAACAACGUCAAAGAAUACAAUAAGCAGCUCCGCUACCUGAAUAUCAGAGAUCACCAAGUUGCCUACGCCAAGAUGACACUCCCAGUAGUUAUCCUCACUCUUCUAUACCGCAUCGCGAAACUGAUUGUCCUCUCCAUUGGCGUCAUUCCUGGGUUGGUCCUGUUCGCCCCGGUGUUUGUUGCUUCCAAGAUUAUUAGCCAUAAGAAAGCGAAGGAAGCACUGGCAGGUUCGUCAGUGAAGAUUCAGGGUCGGGACGUCAUGGCAACCUGGAAACUCCUCGUCGCUAUGGCGUUUGCCCCUGUGCUUUACAACCUGUACUGUGUGAUACUCGCGGUUAAGGUGUACCAAGACCAUCUAUGGGGCUACGUCCCAGAAUGGGUGCCUUUCUGGUCCAUGUUCGUUGGCGGCUGGAUCGUCUUCCCUGCCAUCACAUUUGCGGCACUACGAUUCGGUGAGGUUGGCAUGGAUAUCUGCAAGUCGCUCAGACCUCUCGUCCUAUGCAUUAGCCCGACAUCUAGCAACAGCAUUCAUAAACUACGGGAGCGGAGGGCAGAGCUGUCCGAGAAAGUAGUCAAGGUUAUCAACGACCUCGGCCCCGACAUGUACGAGGACUUCGAACAGACGCGCCUCGUCGCGGACCCAUUCCGGGCGGACGGGGCGCUUAGCCUCAAGGAAUCCGGAGCGGAGAGGGCGGCGGAGCCGACCCCCCCAGACUCCCCCCAUCUGUCUAGGAAGAACACGACUCGGUCGAGCCAGGCGAUCCCGCGCAACGAGUCGUUCAGCAACAUCGGGGCCAUCGGCAUGUUCGCGACGCGGCCGCCCUCGCGGUCCCGGAGCAGGAGCAGCAGCUCCGGAGGCGGGUUCGGGUCGGGCGGGUUCCCGAUCUCCGGGUUCACGGCGCUGGACACGAACGAGGGGUUCAACGAGGCGAGCACGAAGAUCAGGGCGGCGAUGAAGCAGAGGGGGGAGCUGAGACGGCGGAAGAGCGGGCUCUCGUCGGAUGGGGAGGGUAGCGAGAGUUAG